CGCUGGUUGGAGGCGGGUAGUCAUUUUCCUUGCUUGUCGAUUGGCUCUGUCUUCCGUCCCUCAGAUUUGCCUGUGGUUUAAUUUGCUGACAGUUUGUCACUUGGAGAGGAGGGGCGACCUCGGGUGGGGCUGAGCGGAUCUUCAGGUUGUGGAGCGCGUUCUGAUUGGACAAAUUUGACUUGGGGGUCUUCGGCUGUCUCCUGGGUGGCUUGAUAAAUGGAUGGCUUGAGAGAAAGAGGUGGACUCCCAUUAUUGUCCCAGUUGCCUAGAAAAUAUGCCAUCAGCUGAAGCCAAACUGAAAAAGAAUAGAUGCGCCAAUUGCUUUGACUGUCCUGGCUGCAUGCAUACCCUCUCUACCCGGGCAACAAGUAUCUCUACACAGCUCCCAGAUGACCCAGCCAAAACCACCAUGAAGAAAGCCUAUUACCUGGCAUGUGGAUUUUGUCGCUGGACAUCUAGAGAUGUGGGCAUGGCAGACAAAUCUGUGGCUAGUGGUGGUUGGCAAGAACCUGAAAAUCCUUACACACAAAGGAUGAACAAACUGAUUGAAUAUUACCAGCAGCUUGCUCAGAAAGAGAAGGUUGAACGAGAUCGCAAGAAACUAGCACGGCGUCGAAAUUAUAUGCCUCUGGCUUUUUCGCAACAUACUAUUCAUGUAGUGGACAAAUAUGGUCUUGGAACCAGGCUUCAGCGACCACGAGCUGGUGCAUCCAUCAGUACCCUUGCUGGACUUUCCCUUAAAGAAGGAGAGGACCAAAAAGAGAUAAAGAUUGAGCCAGCUCAGGCUGUAGACGAAGUGGAACCUCUACCUGAAGACUAUUACACAAGACCAGUAAAUUUAACAGAAGUAACUACUCUUCAGCAGCGCCUCUUACAGCCAGACUUUCAACCAAUUUGUGCUUCACAGCUCUAUCCUCGCCAUAAACAUCUUCUGAUCAAACGGUCCCUACGUUGCCGGAAAUGUGAACAUAAUUUGAGCAAGCCAGAAUUUAAUCCAACAUCUAUCAAAUUCAAAAUCCAGCUUGUUGCUGUCAAUUAUAUCCCAGAAGUGAGAAUCAUGUCGAUUCCCAACCUUCGCUACAUGAAGGAGAGCCAGGUCCUCCUGACUCUUACAAAUCCAGUGGAGAACCUCACCCAUGUGACGCUGUUGGAAUGUGAGGAGGGGGACCCUGAUAAUAUUAACAGCACUGCUAAGGUAGUGGUGCCUCCCAAAGAGCUUAUUUUAGCUGGCAAGGAUGCAGCGGCAGAAUAUGAUGAGUUGGCAGAACCCCAGGACUUUCAGGAUGACCCUGACAUUAUAGCUUUCAGAAAGGCCAACAAAGUGGGUAUUUUCAUCAAAGUGACCCCACAACGUGAGGAGGGUGAAGUGACCGUAUGCUUUAAGAUGAAGCAUGAUUUUAAAAACCUGGCAGCCCCCAUCCGCCCCAUCGAAGAAAGUGACCAGGGCACAGAAGUCAUCUGGCUCACGCAGCAUGUGGAACUCAGCUUGGGCCCACUUCUUCCCUGAAGGGUUCCACUGGCAGGCAGAUCCCAAAGGAUACUGUCACCAGGAACCUGUGUUAAAAUGUGGAAGCUGCUGCUUCAUUAGGCCUUGUUUAUAACAGUGUAUCCAUGCACUACUGAAUCCUAUUCCUAGGAGAGUGGGGGUGUAGGCAUGGCAUUAGGAACACAGGGCAACCACUGUUCCUCUUGCUUUCACUUCUGUAGCACCAGAAAAUCUGCAUCUCCCUCACUGAAUCCUGCACGCUGACUAAUAACAGCAUAGUCCCAUCCCGAGAAAGGGGACAGCUGUUCCUCGGAGUGGCGUUAGAUUUACCACUUGACUAAUCUAUUUCCUGAUCUGAUUUUACAAAGGGUCAGAAUCUCAAGGAUGAAACUUAAAAUAAUAACCCAAAGGUGGACCUGCUAUUAAUGAUCUAGCAUUGAUCUCAGUAUAUCAUCUGCUUUUUGGAUUCCAUUAGAUAUAAUCCAGCAGUCUAAACAUAUCCCUUCACUUUCCAUCAUGGCUCCCAUCUUGCCAUAGAUUCCCAUUUGACAGAAAAAUAGAAUUGUCACCUUGUCUUAAACUUGAUGAUGAUUGGAAAAAACCUGUGAAAUUCUUAAGGCCUCAUUUGCUCUCUUCCAAGUGAAAAUAGUACAGGACAUGUUUGUUUAUUGAUUGCUCUUAAAAAUUUUUCCGGUAGGAAUAAAACUUUUUCUUUUAAAAAGUAUUUGAGAAGCAAGCAAUUACAUGUCAUAUCAAGGGAGUGGCCACAAUAUCCAGGGAAGAAUGCUGCCACAAGGAGGCAAUCUUUGUAUGCCUUACACCCUACUUCUUUUCCUCUACCCUUCCUCUUUAACUCAAUGACUUGUUCUCAGUAUUUGGGACCUGGAAAGAGCCUAGAGAAAAAUUGAGUGCACAAAUACACUCCUCAAAUGCAGAAAACAUUUUAAAGGUUAGAUUUUUAGGCAUGAUCUAAACUAAGGUUCUUUCCAUUGAUUUGAAGGGGAAAUUAAUGAUUAUGAUUUCUUAUAUCCAAAACGGGAUGUUAAGAAACAGAACCUUCUGCAUUCCUGAGUUUAUGACUUUCAUUAUAUAGUAUGUCAAAUGAGACCACUUUGAUUGAAAACCAUGAAAUAGUUCAGCAGAUAUUCUAAAAUACAUAGCACACAUGCUGUUUCCACUUGAUAUCCUGGAGUUGGGUUGCUAACCAUAAUUUCUGUGAUGUUUUCUAAAAUGAGACUUGACAAAGUAUAUACCACUAGCUGUACCACAUUUUCAGUAAAUGUUUUGUUAACAAGUGUCUGAUAGACUUUUGAGGGAAAAGAAAUUUCUUGUUCAUCCUGUUUUUUUUCUUAAAUUUGAGGUCUUAAAAUUAAUGCAUAACAUAAUCUAGAAUACAGACAGGACAUGGUAACUUGCAGCUCCACCUUGAAAGUUAAAAAUAGGUGGGAAGCCUUUGAAAGACACUAAAUUGUACCCUUAAGUUCAAGUCAGCUUUAUGAAACAAUAUUCCUACAGAGAAAUAUAAAUGCUGCAAUGUAAGAAAAAAAAUACUAAUCUAUAAUAUUAUGACAAUAAUAAACAGGGCUUAGCCUUUUAAGAGUUGGGGUAGGGGAGCUGGGUAAUGACAAAUGUGUAGGCUAUAGGAAGAGUUUAAUUUUUGUGACCCUACAGAGUGUCAAAUAAAUUCUUACUUCACUACCUGCUAGAGCCUACUGUGAAGCCACCACUCCCUAUUUGCUGGUGGAGGAAAUGGGCAUCAAAGUAGAAAAUAGCUUCAUAUGUUUACACAUUUGCACAGACUUCACAAAGUUGUAUGUUGUACGUUUAUGGCAUGUAACUGUAUUUGUUCCCAGAAGUAAUAAUGAUCUUAUGGGUUUUAUCACCCACAUGUGACACAGAAACACAAAAACACUUUGAUAUUAGAAUAUUUUUUUUCUUCAAAAGCCAAAUUAACUUGCAGAACAACAGAGCCAUUGGUUUAGUUUAGUGUUUCCUCAAGGUAGUUUUUAGUGCAAGCUGGUAUUUUGUGUGUUCACAGAAAUGGUUCAACACCUGCAGCUGGUGAAUUAGCAAUUUUAUUUGUUGCUUUUUUAUAUUAGAUCAGGUGCAAGAUUGUUAAAUGUAUAGUCAUUGUGGACCACUGCAGGAGAAUUAGACAUUAUUAGCACUUGAAAAUGUAAUAUUGGAAGCUUAAGGCUAAGUUAAUUUGAAUUUGUAAUUUUAUUAAACCACCAAAGUUUUCUUUUAUUCAGAGUACUUAUAGGCAUAAUGAGUGAAAUGUCAUGCAUAUUUGUGAAGAAACAUUCUUUUGGUCCCUUUUUGGAAUGAGAGGCACUCCUUGAUCUUUAUUAAUAACAGGUUACUGUUUUGCCUUGUUGCUUAACUUAAUGUAGUGAAAUAAAACAAAGCUUGAGAUGUG